ACCAACUUUUUCAUUCAGUUUGACUAGUCCGAGCAUAAAACAUAUUCUGACCGAGAAAAAUUGCAAAUUUAUUAAAAGGAGCCGUCUGAACGAGCCAUACGAAGAGCAGGUGGGGUUGAGACACUCUUUAGCAGAGCAACGAUAAAGAGGCUAAGGAGUAGAACAUUUUGGAUUUUCAAUUUUGAAUUGCUCGAAGGAACGUUCGGUAGAGAAAAGCUUUGGGAUAAAAUAAAAAAAGGGAAGAUCAUGGACCAAGAAAUGGCAAGAGCAUUAUCCGAGAAGGGAGAGCAGAAUGACGGCGAUGAAGAAAUGCCAAGCGUCUGGAAGCCCCAACCAGGAUGUAAUCCGGUCGAGGAAAAGGCCGUUCAGGAUCUUCUGGUGUGGGAAAAAGAUUGGAAUGAACAAGUAAUGAAACGUAACAAAAUGAUGAACGAGUCGUGCAAUUCAGUAACCAGUAGCCCACAAAGGAAGCGCAUGCGCAGUAAUGACACUUCAGAUGAGCCCACUGCGGCUUUCCGGGAUCUUCCUCCGUGGGAGGAAGAAUGGGACGGCGAUCUGGAAUCGCUAGGCUUGGUGCAGCAGACCACCGAAGAACUAACCAGUCCUAUUCCGGGCUGCGGCUCUUACGCGGCCCAGUGGCUGGCACAGGAGCAGGCAAAGGAACAGGCACAGGAGCAGGCGAAGGAGCAGCCACAGGGGCAGGAGAUCUCACAGGCGAUCAUCAAUAAGAAGGUCCCUGGCCCAUGGGAUUGGCUGUACGAAAAGCGUUAGUCGCGCUCCCAAAACCUUUUGUUCCGAAUGAUUUCUCUGUUCAUGUCACUUCCAAUGGGACGUACAAUAUAUGUAAUGCAUUAACAGAGCAAUAUCAUUUCCGUCUUUCCGUUCCGUGUAUGCCAGCGAAUUCCUCGGGAAUAGGUGCUCAGUACAA